AUUGGCGGCGACAGCGGCGCGGCAAAAAAAAAAGUAUGUCGGUAUUUGUCAGUCGUCGUCGUUUCCAGCCUGACGGUCACAACGACAUCAACUUGUAAAACAGAAAAAUUAAGUUGUUGGUAUUGUCCCCGAAAAAUCAUUGGCGAAAGUGACGAGCGCGGUAAAAAUCAGCCAGCCACCGGUCGUCGUUUGGUAGACGCGUAACUCGACUCGAAUUGUUUUAUUGUGUAUAUAUACCUGUGUAUAGUGUAUUUUAAGAGUUUUUAAACAAUAGUUUAAUAUUACCCUCCCCCCUCCCAAAAAAAGCAUUAAAGAGCCAUUUUUUUUCUCAAAAUCCAUCAAAAAAUAAUCGGAAUUUCCAAAAUCGGAUUCAGUUUUUCGUGAUUCUAUCCUCUCACACAAGUGUCCAUGAGAAAAUGUUGAUUCGAGGCCAUCGCCAAGAAAAACUUUAAAACGCCGACGAAUAGCCCACUCGCUUCGUGCUCGCAUCUUUUGAGAUUGAAAUUGUUUUUUAAAAAAAAGAAAUUUAACCAUUUUUGCGAAAGAAUAGAAAACACAGGAUUGGUGGUGGAGAGGGGAAAAUUUUCAGUUUUCCGGGAGAUAGGGAAAAAAUCGGGAAGGAAAAAUUUGUUGGAAAUAAUCAAAAGACGUCAAAAGGUGAUGUGUGGCCCUCCAUGAAAUUUCGUUAGUUAGCACGCCGUGCCGGUUUUUUUGUGCAUAUUUCGCGAGUUUUUUUUUUUUUUUCUUCGAAAGAGAGAGAGAGAGAGAAAGAGAAUUUUUACGAUAUCCAAGGCUAACCUAAAAAAAUAAUUUCCCAUUCUUGCGCCCUCUCGCGAGUGUUAGUUUCUUUUAUUUCGUGUAUAUUGUUUUCGCUUCGUUUCGCGUUUCUCUCCGAGCAAAACUUACCAACUUUAAUCCAUUGUUCGAAGGGAGAAUUGUGAAAUUAAUCUCUGCGUGGAAAAAUUGAGAGAAUUUAACAGUGAACCAGUGUCAUUUGUAUAUUUGAGACUAUGAAGUGGCUAAGUGCGGGAAGCGCUGCUAGUGGGGGCGGGGGUGCAGGUGAACCGGCACCCCCGAUGCAGUUACACCAUCCUGCAAAUGGACACAUACCUGUUGAUUCCGAUCAGGGUACUCAAAUUAUGGCUGGUGGUGAUGGAGUGAGAAUUCAAAGUGGACAAACUCAUCAAAUGGGAAUCAGCAGACCCCAAGACGACGCAAUGGUUGGCUACGUAUUUCAACGGCCAAUUGAAGCAGACUUCAAUGCUCAGUCUUCUGGAUUUCAUAAUAAACAAGCACCUCGUGCUUGGGCAUUGGCUGAUGAGGCUAAUAUUGAUAGUAGUCAAGAAAAAUGGAAAUAUCCGCUAAAUAAACUGGGUCUUUUGCAACAAAAUCAACCACAACAACUUGGAUUACAAACUAUGAACAACGUUCAUACUGUACCCUAUGAAAUUCAUCCAAUGCAAUUAAAGAGUGCAAAUCCAAGUGCAGAACAUCUUGUCUAUUUGAACAAUCAGAUGACUGCUCAGCAACAAGUCGCUUUAUUUCAUCACCAGCAACAACAGCAACAACAAUUUCGAAAUGGACAGGUCUCUUUCACUGGCGGAGUAUCGAUUGCUCCCUCGGCGAAGAAGCUCUGGGGUGUGGACGAGGGUGGAUCCAAAGAUGAAGGUGGUGUAAAAGGCGGUGGGAUACUACACCUGGAUGCCCAUCAGAUGUGGAGGGAUUCAACUUGGAGUACAUCAGAUCAUGCAGUAUCACAACCAAUCUCCAUGAGCGCAGGCAGAAGAAUGGCCGUUAGCACUGGAUUUCAUCAUCAAGCCUCGGAAGUUGGAGCCGUUCUCAGUCCCAGGAGCAGUGAAACUGGCGGACUUGGGGUGAAAAUGGUUGAAUAUGUUCUCGGUGGUUCGAGCCCUACAACACCAAAAGACUUGGACCCAAGAAUGGUUUCUCUUAGAUUAAACACAGACGCUGAUAAGAAAGAAAAGGAGAAAGGCUCUACAAGUCCUUUUGAUAAUUCAAAAGAUGACAAUGGUCCUCAAGGCAAUGGACUUACAUCACAAAAUGGUUUAGAUGAUGACAAAGGGUUUAAUCGUACACCGGGAAGUCGACAGCCAUCACCAGGAGAAGAGGAGUUUCAAAAAAAUGCAGCCACUCUGGCUGUGACCACUGGAGGCGGUGGUGUUGUAUUGUUGAAGCCAGGUGUUGAUGUUGUCGGUAAUGAAGAACACUUUAUGGCAGCAUUCGCACCUGCCCCGCCUCAUCAUUUGCAACAUCAUCAGGCUCCACAAACCCAUCAUCUUCAGCAUCCACAUUCACAGCUUUUCGGAGCGCAGGGACCUCCGCCACCGCAAGGUCCGCCGCCCUCUCAACAGCAACAACAGCAGCAAGGUCCUCCACAACCCCAAGACAACACCACCCACUUUGAUGUACAGCAAUUAUUUCGAAGUCAACCGCAGGGAGCGACACCACAACAGCUGCAGUUACUUCAACAGCAACAGCAGCAGCAACAACAGCAACAACAGUUUUUGGCUUCACAAGCCCAACAGCAACAGCAGCAACAGCAACAACAAAAUUUCCCAACAGCUCCGUACACGGUCAUCAGUGGACAGGAGCCCUAUGUUGGAGCACUAAUUGCAGGCGCACCGCCAGUUGUGCCUCAAUAUUAUAAUGUCGGCCCUUGGGUGUAUCCGGGAUUAUUGCCUCAAGCACCACCUCAAGCGCAAGCACCGCCACCACCUAGACGACCACUGACACCAUCUUCGGCCGCCGCUGCAGCGGCUGCUGCACAAGAUUCUGCAAAUCUCGCCCAAACGGUUCAGGGUCAAUAUCAAGUGAUACCAGCUUAUUAUGAAGUGGGCCAGAAUGGUUCGAUUAUGGUUGGCGGAGUACGCGGCUUGGGCUCAGCAGCAACACCAAUGCGCCUCGUCAGUCCAGCGCCAGUUCUGGUGAACAGAGCACCAUCGCAGCCCCCUCAGGGUCCGCCUGCACCUCCACCGCCCAGUAUUUAUUCUCAACCAACCCCCACAUCUCACAGUAAUGCAUCGGGAGAAUGUUUAGGUCUGGCGGCGUGCAGUGCAGCGGCAGUGGUUGCUCAAGCUCAGGCAGUAGCCGUGCAACAAGCGCAACAACAAGGAUCGGGAUUGACCGCUGGCCUCGCAGCUUUAGGCUACGGUGGCUCGCCAUUGGGCGCGCUCGGCUCGCCAGCACAACUUCAGAGUACAGGAUUAGGUCUCAGCACAUCAUCCACAGGAAGAAGGGACUCUUUUGAUAGAAAUACAUCAGCAUUCAGCCCUAGCUUAGAAUACAGUCGUGCUAAAUGGCCUCAAAGUUAUGGCGCUCUCGGAACAGUAACAGCGUCUCCGAGUCCUUUGGGAUUGUCUCUGACACCUCCACCAUCAAUCGGUGGCUCCUUAGGCGGUUUAGUUGGGGGAACAAACAGAGUUUCUGCUGCACCAGGAGCAGAGGCGAAAUUCCGAACAAGCACUGUUCCAACUCUCACAGCAAAUGGUGUUUUUGGAUCUAGUAGUUCUCUGUUUCCCAAUUUGGUUGGCAAGCCCGGCAGAGGCGGUGCUAGUGGUGUCGGUGAAAAAAGCACGGGAGGAAGAUCACGUUUGCUCGAGGACUUUCGAAAUAAUAGGUUUCCAAGUUUACAAUUGCGUGACUUGGCCAAUCAUAUAGUAGAAUUUAGUCAGGAUCAACAUGGUUCGCGUUUUAUACAACAAAAAUUGGAACGUGCUUCUACUAGUGAAAAGCAACUUGUCUUUCAAGAAAUUCUUGCCUCAGCAUACUCCCUCAUGACUGAUGUAUUCGGCAACUAUGUCAUUCAAAAGUUUUUCGAAUUUGGGACACCCGAACAAAAAUCAACUCUAGCGCAAAAGGUGCGAGGUCAUGUUCUACCAUUGGCUUUGCAAAUGUAUGGGUGUCGCGUUAUUCAAAAGGCACUUGAAUCUAUUGGACCGGAGCAACAACAGGAAAUUGUUCGCGAGCUGGAUGGACAUGUCCUUAAGUGUGUUAAGGAUCAAAAUGGAAAUCAUGUUGUGCAAAAGUGCAUUGAAUGUGUUGAGCCAAGAGCUUUACAGUUUGUUAUUGGAGCAUUCGCUGGACAGGUUUAUUCUCUGAGUACACAUCCUUAUGGAUGUAGAGUGAUUCAACGUAUUUUGGAGCAUUGCACGCCGGAGCAGACACAAGGAAUUCUUCAAGAAUUACACUCGGCGACUGAUCAACUCAUUCAAGAUCAAUAUGGAAAUUAUGUUAUUCAACAUGUUCUCGAACAUGGUAAACCAGAAGAUAAGGCGCAAUUAAUCAGCAGCGUAAGAGGAAAAGUUUUGGCACUUUCACAACACAAAUUUGCGAGCAACGUGGUUGAGAAAUGUGUGACACAUGCUACAAGACAGGAACGUGCUGUACUCAUUGAAGAAGUUUGCGGAUUUAAUGACAAUGCAUUGAAUGUAAUGAUGAAAGAUCAAUACGCAAAUUAUGUGGUGCAGAAGAUGAUUGACGUUGCAGAGCCAGCGCAACGUAAAGUUUUAAUGCACAAAAUUCGACCGCAUUUGGGUAGUCUUCGCAAGUACACAUAUGGAAAGCACAUAAUUGUGAAACUCGAGAAAUUCUUCAUGAAAACAGCAUCGGCAAUGGGAGUAUCGACACCAGCGAAUGCAUCGACAGGCGCCGGCGAUCUUGGACCAAUUGGACCGCCCGCAUCAUCAGCAGGUCCAGUUCCAACACCCGCCCAACAAACCGCCCAAGUCCUAUAAAAACCAAGAAAUGGGGGAAAAGAAAAAUGAGAAAAAAAAAGAAACCAUCCUUCUUUUUUUUCUUUUUAGAAAAAGUCGUAUUUUAAAAUAAAAACUUUUUACGACAGUUUUUCUUUUUUACAACAACAAAAUAUUAUGAAAAGAAAGUAAAAUUUUUUUUUCAAUUUCUGUCAUGGAAAGUUGUUGUUUUCCCGCGAAAAAUCGACUCGAAAUUAUUUAACGAGUCAUUUUUUGAAAAACUUAGAAUUUUUCAAACAAAAAAAAAAAAUAAAGUCGCAUCUAGACUAUUUUCUAGGAUAGAGACCAUAGUGCUUCAUAUGCAUUUAUCGUUGGAAAAAAAAAUCACGCGAUAUAUUAGAUUUUUGUGACCGAACUUUUAAAAAAAUGGCGGUAGAAAAAGAAUUCAGAAAAAAUAGUGUGGCUUAGGAGCCGAAAAACUGACGUGUUUUUUUUUAGGAAUAGCGUUUAGAGCGUUCGACAUGGGAGUGAAAUCGAGAGCGUCCCCCCGACAUUUUUGAAAUAAUAAAAAAAUACUUGACCGACCGCUGACUCUGUCCUGACGUGAGUUCUUUAUAAAAAUUUCGAAAAUAACCGAAAGAUCGACGAAUAGAGGCCAGAGAGGUUCGUUUUUUACCCCCUCCCCCAACCCCCCUCUUUUUUUAUUCUCCUCUUCUACCUCUACUGUUGUUUCUUCUAUUUUUUAAAAAAGACUUGUGAAUAUUGUGUAUUAUAUAUAAACUAUUAAUUAAAUAAUUCAACUACAAUUAUUGUAGUUCCGAUAAACGACGAUUUUCUUUUUCCAUUUUUCACGAUUGCAAAACAAAAAGAAACAAUUUUCAUUCGUGUCGGAAAAAGUCGUUUUUUUACCCCUUCCCCCCACCACCCCCCUUCUAUUUUUCACAAUGUAGAUGAAAACACAAUUUGUAUAUUGUAUAAAACGGUGUGUAGAAAAAAAAAACGCCGCUCAAAUCGACGAAUCACAGCGUGUAAAAUAGCCUUCGCGAAUUUGUACUUUUUGUCCCCGAAACAAAAAAAAAAAACACGAGAAUUUUUAAAAACCCCCUUCCCCAUGGAUUUUCGACGAACAAUAAUUUUUUUUUCACGACGGGGGCGAAAGAAAUGAAAAAUUUGUACAAUGUAUAAUAAUUUUUUUGUUAUUGUAGUUAUAGAAAAUGUCAAAAAGAAAGAAAACUGUUUUUUUUGUGUGUAAAUUUAGAAGAGAGAAAGGGAGUAUUUUUUUUCUUUUUUUUUGCUUGUAAAAUAUUGUAAAUAUUACCGAUUUAUUAGAGUCGAUCUUAUUAAUUAUCCUUUAUUUUUUUUUUUUUGAAAAAAACCGACUUUCGCUUUUUCUUCAUACAAAACGAAAGUUUAUCAUCAUUUAUUUGUAAAAAAUAAUAGUUAUUCCCGUCUAAUAAAUUUUUUUUUUUCAAAGAUGAAUCUAAAAUCCAAAUGGGGUGAAGGUGGAGAAAAAUUCCAAUUUUUUUAUAAAAGACAGACAUUCCAGUCAAAUAUCUCCGUCUCUCGAGUCGCUUCGUCGAUAAAAUAAAUAUUUAAAAAUAUUCCUUUCUUUUUUCAAACUUUGUAAUUUUUAAGAACUAACGAUAGUUCCUUUAAAAAAAGCAAAAAAUCCAUAAUUGUGUAAAUCGCGCGUCAUUUUUUUGUAAAAAUGAAAAAAAAUAAUAGACAGUCAAUGUUUUUGUCUGCCUUUCUAAAAAAAAACUUUUCACUCUUUCUCUUAAAAAAAACUUUAAAAAAAAUCCAAUAUUGCCGAAAUAAACGGAAGAAUUUUUUAUAUUAAGGCAAUAUUAGUGUUUAAUGCAAAAAAUAUAUAUAAAACUAUAAAUAUAUAUAUAGUGUGUCCCCCCUCCCCCUUUCCCCCUCAUUCUACGUUUAUAUUCUUAAUCUCGUUAUUAAUUAUGAACAUCGUUCGAUUUAACUGCCUCUUAACAGGUACUUUUCACUAUCGCUCUAUUAAUCGCUCUAGGCAAAUCUAUAAAUAUCUAUAAAUAUAUAAUAUACGUAAAAAAAGAAAUAUUCAAUUGAAUAUUUUCAAUGUCUCAAAGCGGUAGAACAAGAAUUUUUUUUUUCCUCGCAAUGAUCUUUUCUCUUUCUGUGCGCGUAUUUCUCGGGGGUGUAAUUUAAAAUGCAAAACAAAAAAAAAAUUCUUCAAGAAAAAAAAAUCGAUUUUUUGAUUAUAAAUAGUGUAAAUUUUUUAUAUAGCGGUUAUCGGCGAAUACACCUGCGCACUCUGACUACUACGACGACCUUGUAAAAAAAAUAAUACAAAAAGAAAAAAAUGAUUAAAAAAAAACGGACAAAAGAGAUGCAGGGUGAUAAUGUAAUUUCGACUUUUUUUUUACUUUAUUUUAUCGACACACCAUUGUGUGUUUUAUUUUCUUCUUUCUUUUUGUUUCUAAGAUAUACUGAAUCGAUCCGAUGUGUUGAACAUUCAUUCCGGAUUCAGUGGACAUUUUUUUUUCUCUUGCAAAUCGUUUAAUUCAGGAGAUUAUUAGUUUCUCGAACUUUUACUAUUUUUAUGCUUGUAAGCUCACUUUUUUUUUAUUAUUUGUUCCACUAGUGGAAUUUUUAGUUUCGGCUCGAAAUUAUGAGAGAGAGAGAGAAAAAGUUCAAAAUGGAAUGUAAAAUUUUUUGAAAUAGAAACAAAAUUUGAUUUUUUCGGAUGGAGUAAUUGUAAAUUUUUCAAUUGUAAGAUUUCUUUGAAGUUGAAAAAAAAUUUCUUCUAAAAAGAAAUUCUGAGAAGAAAUAAAAGAAAGUGUAAAAAGGAGAGGAUUUAAUGUACGACGAGUUUUUUUUGAGAAAAAUGAAUUUUUGAAAAUUAAAUUUCGCUCCUUUGAAAUCGAAAAGAAAGUGUUCCGAUUAUGGAAUAUGAUCACAAAUGUUAAAGAAAUUUUUCCUUAGUGGAAA